UUUUUUCCAGUUUUGGCAAACGGUGCUGAUAAUGUGAAGCCGGCACGGAGAGACUUGGGACCGACUUGGCAGAUCUGUUGUCUGUGCCCAGGGUGGAGUGGCAGAGGACGCCUGGCCCAGCCGUCAAAAUGGCGUGGCCUUGUAUCAGCCGGGCGUGCUGCAUCGCCCGCUUCUGGAACCAGCUGGACAAAGCAGACAUCGCCGUGCCUUUGGUGUUCACCAAAUACUCGGAAGCCACCGACUUCCCGGGUGCGCAGGUGGUCCUACAGCAACAGCAGCCACGCCUGACCUCGGCCAUCGAGACCCAGCCGGCUGCUGUUGGCGGUGACCUGGAUGCAGUUGCUAAGGUGACAUCUACAGCUGGGGACCAGGUGCCCGGGCAACACAAACCUGGGGCCAAAGAUUCGGGGGCGUCCGACUCGGUCAUGCGCCAGGACUAUAAGCCCUGGAAGGCGCAGAGGCCCGAACCAAGCUGCAAGCCCAAGAGCGAAUACCACCCAUCGGAAACGCCCUUUGAGAAGGAGAGCCAGUACCAGAAGGAUUUUCGUGCCUGGCCCAUCCCCAAGAAAGGGGAUCACCCCUGGAUUCCCAAACUUAUGCCCAUCCCCCCGGUCGACCUAGACAAGGGGUCCAAGGAAAGAUCCGGCAGUCUGGAGAGGAGGAGAAAGGCUCAGGUGAGCCAUGAGAAGGAGCAGGGAGGAGAGAAGGAGGUGGAGGCGGCGGGCAAGCCCAGCAGACCCGAAGAGGGGCAAGCCAAGAAGUCCAAAAAGAGGUUCCAUAUCACCGAGGAGGCGGCCCAGCCGUCACAGCAGCCGGGGUCCUCCGCACCAGCAGAGGGCAGCAAAGGACGGGCCGCAGUGGACGCGCUUAACCGGCAGAUCAAGGAGGAGGUGACGGCACGAGUGAGCACCUCUUCCUACAGAAACGAAUUUCGACCAUGGACCAUGGAUAGCAAGCCUGCGAAAGCCACCAGAGCCAAGAGUCUGUAUAAACCCCCGGAAGAGAAAAUGGUUCAGGAAACCAGCUACAGUACUCAAUUCACUGCAGAAAGUGCUAAGCUCGGUCCACCGGAUAACAAAUUCCUCGAGCGCAGGAGGAUACGCAGCCUUUAUAGCGAGCCGUACAAGGAACCGCCCAAGGUGGAGAAGCCUAGCCCUCAGCCUCCAAAACCAAAAAAGACACCCACAAGCCAUAAACCGCUGAAAAAAGCCAAAGAUAAGCAGAUGGCAUCCAGCCGGGCUGCCAAGAAAAAGACCACGGAAGCCGCCAGCAGAACCAGCGCGGAGGACAAGGAGAAAAGCAAAGAGAUGAACAAUAAGUUGGCCGAGGCAAAAGAGACCCCUGAUCAACCCCCCGGUGCUACAUCCCAGGACCCAGUUACUGCAGGCCCGGAGCAGCCUAAGGAAGGUAACCCCCAGCCUUCCACUCCGGAGCAAGCUGCCGGGACAAGCAUGUCGCCUGCAUGA